ACUUGUCCACUAUGCCGGGUAAAGGAAACUUGUCCACUACGCCGGGUAAAGGAAACUUGUCCACUACGCCGGGGAAAGGAAACUUGUCCAUUACGCCGGGGAAAGGAAACUUGUCCACUAUGCCAGGAAAAGGAAACUUGUCCACUACGCCGGGAAAAGGAAACUUGUCCACUACGCUGGGAAAAGGAAACUUGUCCACUACGUCGGGGAAAGGAAACUUGUCCACUACACCGGGUAAAGGAAGCUUGUCCACUACGCCAGGGAAAGGAAACUUGUCCACUACGCCGGGGAAAGGAAACUUGUCCACUACGCCGGGGAAAGGAAACUUGUCCACUACGCCGGGGAAAGGAAACUUGUCCACUGCGCCGGGGAAAGGAAACUUGUCCACUAUGCUGGGAAAUGGAAACUUGUCCACUACGCCGGGAAAAGGAAACUCGUCCACUACGCCGGGAAAGGAAACUUGUCCACUAUGCCGGGUAAAGGAAACUUGUCCACUGCACCGAGGAAAGGAAACUCGUCUUAUUGAUUACGCCAGGGAAAGGAAACUUAUCCAGUACGCCAGGGAAAGGAAACUUGUCCACUAUGCCGGAAAAAGGAAACUUGUCCACUAUGCCGGGAAAAGGAAACUUGUCCACUACGCCGGGUAAAGGAAACUUGUCCACUGCACCGAGGAAAGGAAACUCGUCUUAUUGACUACGCCAGGGAAAGGAAACUUAUCCACUAUGCCGGGUAAAGGAAACUUAUCCACUACGCCGGGGAAAGGAAGCUUGUCCACUACGCCGGGGAAAGGAAGCUUGUCCACUACGCCGGGUAAAGGAAACUUGUCCACUACGCCGGGGAAGGAAACUUGUCCACUGUACAGGGGCUGGACAUCGAGGGCCACAGUCCUUCAUGUUUUACUUUUUUCUCUGCUCCAACAUACUUGAUUUGAAUGAAUGAGUGAUUAUCCGGUUUCUGGAGAAUUUGGAGAGGUAAUUCAAUGACUGAAUCAGCUGUGCUGGAGCAGGGUAAAAAUUAAAACAUGCAGGGCUGCAGCCGUCCAGGACCAGGAUUGCCCACCCCUGCACUACGCCAUGUGCUCACUGAGAUAACAUGCACCCAUUGCUGUUACCUGUGUGUAAGGGCUAAGCAUUUUUACCUAGCAUCCUUUGCACUAAUUAGACAUUUUAUGAAAAAAGCAGAGGGUCCAUUGCCCAAUAAAGGUUUAAGCAUUUCUUUUCAUACCCCAAGACAGAAUAUAACAUGUGAAAAACAAGUUAGAUCAGCAGAGUAAGACUAUAGUAAUGUAAUUAAUUAAAYUAAUUGUGAUAAAAAAGAAAAGUGCUAAUCAGCAUAGUUUUCAGUAUAAUGCUUUGUCGUAUAGUACAACAGCAAGU